UAAAUAAAUUGGAUAUAUUAGCUCUUCAUUUUCUUGUCUGUCACCGUCCAACCUACCUUACUUCUCUCUGUCUCUCUGAAGUCUCUGUUUCUCGAAUUUCUUCACUGUCAUAGUGCACUGCUUUCUUAGGGUUUUCCUUUCCCUCCCUGUCUAUGUGCCAUGAGGAAAACUUGUUACCCUCCUAACUCCACCUUCCAGCGAACCCAACGGAAGCACUCCGUGCUCGCUCCCCACUGCCUCCGUUUCCGCAAUUUCUCAGCGAACCAACGUCUUGAUCGUUCUCCGGUGCCAACCGCUACUUCCUUUCGCCAUAACUUCGUCAUCGAGCUUCGCUCGAACGGCAGAGACAUACAAAGAACGAAUGUCGAGUCCUUGAUCGCACAAUGCAAACCUUCGCCGCAGAAUUUCAAAGUCUUGAAAUCCUGUCCCGUCGCCGGAGCCUUGUAUUACUCUCAAUGGACGGAUGCUCUGGGAGUGCUGGUCCAUCUCUGGGGCUUGCGCUUCGACGGGGCUCACGGUUUCGAGCCGAGGGUCAUACUCAACGUCUCGGUCCCGUCCGAUAGCGUUGAGCUUCGGGACCGGCUCCAAACCCUGUUCAUGGACCGCGUGCGCCGGCUGAUAGACGGAGAGGAAGUUAAGAGAUGGCGCAAGAAGCUCCAGCGCACGUCGGAGGAGAUUGACAAGAUCACGGCUAUGCUAAGUAAGCCGAACCGUCUCGGCGUGAGUGACCAGCUCUACAAUAAGAAGAAGGGGCUGAUUACCGAGAGGGACUUGAUCGCAAAGCGUUUGGUAGAGUUUAAGUCUGCAAUGAACUGUAUACUGGAUCAUUUGGAAGGAAAGAAGAAUGAAGAGGAGGAGAUUGGUGAAGAGGCCAUGGAAUUGUUUAGGUUCGGUGAGGUUAUUGAUUGGAAUCGGAUUUUUUGCUUGGUUUCGCGGGAGUGUCGGCGGCUUGAGGAUGGGCUGCCCAUUUAUGCUUACAGGAAGGAGAUUCUUCAUCAAGUUCAUGUUCAACAGAUACUGGUAUUGAUUGGAGAGACGGGUUCAGGGAAGAGUACACAGUUGGUUCAAUUUCUUGUGGACUCAGGAGUUGCUGCCGAUGACUCCAUUAUAUGUACUCAGCCUCGCAAGAUAGCUGCCAUCUCAUUGGCUGAGAGAGUGAGAGAAGAAAACAUUGGGUGUAAUGAAAAUAAACCAAUCAUUUGCUGCAAAACAUCUUCAUCUAUUCGACCAUUUGAUUCUGAGGUAAUAUAUAUGACGGACCACUGUUUACUGCAACAUUACAUGAAUGAUAAUAAUUUAUCUGGGAUAUCAUGCAUCAUAGUUGAUGAGGCCCAUGAGAGGAGUUUAAAUACUGAUCUCCUUUUGGCAUUGAUCAAGAGUUUAUUGUGUCGGAGAUCGGAUUUACGGCUUAUUAUAAUGUCUGCUACUGCUGAUGCAAACCAGCUCUCAGAGUACUUUUUUAAUUGUAGAAUCUUUCACGUGGUGGGAAGAAACUUUCCAGUUGAUGUCAAAUAUGUCCCUUGCGUGACAGAAGGAGGUUCUGGUUCUGGUUUUGUUGCUUCAUAUGUUCCUGAGGUUGUGAGGAUGGCGACUGAGGUGCACAUAAAUGAGAAAGAGGGGACAGUUCUUGCCUUUUUGACUUCUCAAAUGGAAGUAGAAUGGGCUUGUGAAAGGUUCAAUGCUCCCUCUGCAAUUGCAUUAGCUUUACAUGGAAAACUUUCUUUUGAAGAGCAAUUACGUGUUUUCCAGGACUACCUUGGAAAAAGAAAAGUCAUAUUUGCAACAAAUGUUGCGGAGACAUCACUGACAAUUCCUGGAGUAAAGUAUGUAAUUGAUUGUGGCAUGGUUAAAGAUAGUAAAUAUGAACCUGGCAGUGGCAUGAAUGUCCUCAAGGUUUGCAGGAUCAGCCAGAGUUCUGCUAAUCAACGUGCUGGGCGCGCUGGGAGAACAGAACCUGGAAGGUGUUAUAGACUCUACUCAGUAUCUGAUUAUGAAUCUAUGCCUCCUAACCAGGAACCUGAGAUUCGUAGAGUUCACCUUGGAGUUGCAGUUCUUAGGAUCCUUGCUUUAGGCGUCAAGAAUGUACAGAACUUUGAUUUUGUUGAUGCACCAAGUGCUAAAGCUAUUGAUAUGGCUGUCAGAAAUCUCGUUCAGUUAGGAGCUGUUACAUGGAGUAAUGGAGUUCUAGAGUUAACCAGCGAAGGUACAUAUUUAGUUAAAUUGGGUAUUGAGCCUCGGCUUGGUAAACUGAUUCUUGGCUGCAUGGAUUAUAAUUUGCGUCGUGAGGGAGUUGUCCUUGCCAUUGUAAUGGCAAAUGCCAGUAGCAUAUUUUGCAGAGUUGGUAGUGAUGAAGAUAAACUAAAAUCUGAUUGCCUUAAGGUGCAAUUUUGUCACCUCAAUGGUGACCUCUUUACUCUUCUCUCUGUUUACAAGGAAUGGGAGGCUGUGCCUCAAGAUAGGAAAAACAAGUGGUGUUGGGAAAACAGUGUCAACGCCAAAUCCAUGCGGAGAUGUCAAGAUACGAUUAGGGAGUUAGAAUCUUGCCUCAAUCAUGAACUUGAUGUUGUUAUUCCCAGUUACUGGAGGUGGGAUCCUCGUAGGUGUACUGAGCUUGAUAAAUAUAUGCAAAAGGCUAUACUCUCUUCCCUUCAAGAAAAUGUAGCCAUGUUCGGGUAUGAUCAACUUGGUUAUGAAGUGGCACUCACGGGACGUCAUGUUCAGCUUCAUCCGUCAAGUUCAUUGCUAAUAUUCAGUCAGAAGCCUAGUUGGGUAGUUUUUGGGGAAAUCUUAUCAAUUUCUAACGAGUAUCUGGUUUGUGUAACUGCUGUUGACAUAGAAUCUUUGUCUACCCUUUACCCUCCUCUGUUUGAUGUGUCUAAGAUGAAAAACCAGAGGUUGCAGGUGAGGGUGUUGACUGGUUUUGGUAGUACUCUCCUGAAAAGAUUUUGUGGGAAGUCCAAUAGUAAUCUGCUUCGUCUUGAAUCUCAUAUACGCACAGAGUGUAUGGAUCAACGUAUUGGCAUCAAGGUCAAUGUUGACCUGAAUGAGAUUCGGUUAUUUGCCUCUUCAGAAGGUAUGGAAAAGGUUUUUGGUUUUGUCAAUGGCGAGUUGGAGUAUGAACGGAAGUUGCUGCUUAGUGAAUGCAUGGAGAAAUGCUUAUACCAUGGACCUGGUAUCUUGCCUUCUAUUGCGCUGUUUGGAUCUGGAGCUGAGAUUAAACAUUUGGAGCUUGAAAAGAGAUAUUUGACUGUUGACGUGUAUCAUUCAAAUGUGGAUGCCAUUGACGAUAAGGAGCUUAUAAUGUUUCUCGAGAAGUUUGCCUCUGGUAGUAUAUGUGCUAUCCACAAGUUUACUGGCAUUGGACUGGAUGGUGAUGACAAAGAGAAGUGGGGCAGGGUAACAUUUCUUACUCCUGAUGCUGCUGCAAAGGCUGCUGAACUAAAUGGAUCUGAAUUCAACAGCUCCUUAGUGAGGGUAGUUCCAUCACGGACAACAUUUGGAGAUUAUAAAAUGUUCUCAUUUCCUGCUGUUAAAGCUAAAGUUUCUUGGCCACGUAGGCCCAGUAAGGGGUUUGCAAUUGUAAAAUGUGAUCUACUUGAUGUGCAGUUCAUUGUUAAUGAAUUCCAUAACCUGCUGAUAGGAGGGAAGAAUGUUCGUUGUGAACCUAGCAGCAAGUCUGCGGAUGGUGUUGUGAUAAACGGAAUUGAUAAAGAACUUUCUGAGGCUGAAGUUUUUGAAAUAUUGAGGUCUGCCACUAAUAGGAGAAUCCUGGAUUUUUUCCUGGUGAGAGGAGUUGCUGUAGAAAAUCCACCAAGCAGUGCUUGUGAAGAAGCACUCUUAAAAGAAAUUUCUCACUUUAUGCCUAAAAAGAACCCUCACACUAAUUGUUGCCAAGUUCAGGUCUUCCCACCCGAACCAAGGGAUACUUUCAUGAAAGCUUAUAUCACUUUUGAUGGAAGAUUACAUCUGGAGGCUGCAACAGCUUUGGAGCAACUGGAAGGGAAAGUAUUGCCUGGUUGUCUUUCAUGGCAGAAGAUAAAGUGCCAGCAGUUAUUUCAUACCUCAUUGUCGUGCCCCGCGCAUAUCUAUUUUGUGAUCAAGAAGCAGCUGGAUUCCUUACUUGCACGCUUCAGGCAUUUAAAGGGUGCAGAGUGCACUCUAGACAAGACUGCUAAUGGUUCCUACCGAGUGAAGAUAUCUGCAAAUGCUACAAAAAUUGUGGCAGAGGUCAGAAGACCUGUGGAAGAGCUUAUGAGAGGGAAGACCAUUGAUGAUGCCAGCCUCACGCCAACCAUUAUACAGCAUCUAUUUUCUAGAGAUGGCAUCUGUCUUAAAAAGUCAGUGCAACAGGAGACGGGAACCUUCAUUCUCCUUGACAGGCACAGCCUUCAUGUACGGGUGUUUGGUUCUCCGGACAAGGUUGCAUUGGCACAGAAGAAAUUGGUUGAAUCCCUUUUGACCCUUCAUGAAAGCAAACAACUUGAGAUCCAUCUCCGUGGUAGAGAUCUGCCUCCCAACCUGAUGAAGGAGGUAGUGUCUAAGUUUGGGCCAGAUCUCCAUGGGCUCAAAGAGAAGGUAUCUGGGGCUGAGUUUGCUCUCAAUACUCGCCGGCAUGUCAUAUCCGUUCAUGGUAACAAAGAGUUGAAGCAAAAGGUAGAAGAGGUUAUUUAUGAGAUUGCGCAGAUGAAAUAUGGUUCGACUGAAAGAUUUGACAAUGAAACAACAUGCCCCAUCUGCUUGUGUGAGGUUGAGGAUGGUUACCGGCUUGAAGGCUGUGGGCAUUUGUUCUGUCAAUUGUGUCUGGUGGAGCAGUGUGAGUCUGCAAGUAAGAACCAGGAUAGUUUUCCAAUACGCUGUGCCCACGAGGGCUGCAGGUCUCCUAUUUUGCUUAUGGAUUUGAGGUCUCUCUUGUUAUGCGAGAAGUUGGAGGACCUCUUCAGGGCUUCUGUGGGGUCCUUUGUUGCAUUGAGCGGAGGCACUUACAGGUUUUGUCCAUCUCCCGACUGUCCAUCAGUUUAUCGAGUGGCAGAUCCCGGGACUGCUGGCGAGCCAUUUUUUUGUGGGGCAUGUUAUGCAGAGACUUGUACUAGGUGCCACUUAGAGUAUCAUCCAUACCUAUCAUGUGAGAGGUACCAGGAGUUCAAGGAGGAUCCGGAUUCGUCUCUUAAGGAGUGGUGCAGAGACAAAGAAAAUGUGAAGAGCUGCCCUGUGUGUGGCUAUACAAUCGAGAAAUUUGAAGGGUGCAACCACGUUGAGUGCAGGUGUGGGAGGCACAUAUGCUGGGCAUGUUUGGAGUUUUUUGAAACAAGUGAUGAUUGCUACAACCACUUGAGGAAUGUGCACAUGGCCAUCAUAUGAAAGUUAAGCUGCGCCGUGAAUAAUAACCUCUAAUGCUAAUCUGAGGCUUUCGAUAGGAAUGUACAUAUAAGCCAGAAUGUAUAUGUACACAGUUUACAUACAUCAUACAUGUUAUCUAUAUAGAAAAUAAAGGUUGCUGCGGGUGCUUGCUUC